AAGUAAAAUAUGGGUGUUUUGUUUGUGUGUGCGUGUGGGUGGGUGGGUGGAUGAGAUCCAUAAAUAGAGCCCACACUCCUCUCUGUGCAUAAAUGCAUGGAGCUUUGGCCGGUGCACACAGAUGUCGGGUUGGAUGGAUAUUCGUGGAAAGGUUUACUUGAGUUUAUUUGCAUUUUAGUUGGAGCAGUAGGACAUGAAAGGUCUCUCACGUGCAAAUUAGUAAUAUUUCGUUUUAAAUUCGCUGCCGAAAGACUGACUUCUCAUUUGGUGCACCUGAAACGCACAGUCCGCAUCUGUUCGAGAGAGCCGUCCCUGACGAUGAACUGAGCCUUAAGACGUCUGCACUGUUCCUGGAAGGACAUCGAGGGGAAAAAAAUUACUUACUCUUGGAUUUAUCUGGACACUUUGCGCAUUGCGUAAUUAGCCGAAGAAAUGAGUUGGACUGUUAAUUAGGGCACACAUUAUGUUGGGACCCACCUCUGCGGGGAAGCGUGUGACGCACCGUGCAUGUUGUAAACACAGCAGGAACGAGGACAACGCUGUCUAAUAUGCUCGGGACACCUCGACAUCUGAUGCUGGUGGCGCUCGGUUGGCUAUUUUUGGUUGUGACGCGCGGCAGCGAAGCAGUUUCUAGUUGCCUGGACCGUGCCUGUAGUCCACCCAUAGGGAACCUGGCAAGUGGCAGGACCCUGUUCACCCUCUCGAACUGCUGUGGGAACGGCACAUCCCAGCAUCCUCUGUGUCCCCAACCUUCUGUGAGUCCUCAGGCCUGCUCUCAGGAUCCUCACCCAGUUCUUCACAUGACUGAUGACCCUUUCUUGCAUCCAGAUACCUGGUGGGCAUCAGGUGGAGGUAGAACCAUGCAGGAGCAGCAGGAUGAGAUACGUUUAGACCUGGAAACAAAAUUCUAUCUUACUCACCUGGUUUUGGUGUUCAAGUCACCGCGGCCUGCUGCCAUGGCCAUUGAACGCUCAGUGGACUUUGGAAAGACGUGGGAAGCUGUAAAGGUUUUUGCGUAUAAUUGCAGUGUAGAAUUCGGUUUGCCUGAUGACUUUGAUCAGCCAGGGUCACCAUGUACAUCCCGCUAUACUGAUGCUGCACCCUGCACGGGCGGAGAGGUCAUAUUACGUACUCUAAACCCCAGCAGUGCUAUGACACUCGACCCCUACAGUCCAGAGGCCCUCUCUCGCCUGACCAUCACAAAUCUCCGUGUCAGACUGCUAAAAUCCCAGACCUGUCGCCCAACUCUGACCCCCCCAGGACGCUGGACAAGCUUCACAUCCUCAGUCCGCACACCCCCAUCCAGUUCAGAAAACUCUGCUUCAGCACCUUAUGCUAUUUAUACUUUACUGGCAAGAGGCACCUGCCUGUGCCAUGGGCAUGCUGAGUAUUGUGUACCACACAACAAUGGAAACAAGGAAAUAGAGGACAGUAACAUGGUGUUUGGUAGGUGUCUCUGUACUCACCACACAGCUGGAGAUCACUGUGAUAAGUGCGCUCCGCUCUACAAUGAUAGACCUUGGAGGCCUGCCAAUGGAAGCAGUGGGGAGGCCAACCCAUGCCAGAAGUGUGAGUGCCAUGGUCACGCAGCUACCUGCCACUUCUCUCAGCGGGCAUGGCUUUCCUCUGGCAGACUCAGUGGGGGUGUGUGUGAGGACUGCCAGCACAACACAGCGGGGCGUAGAUGCCAUCGCUGUCGCUAUGGCUACCACCGCCGCCCAUCCCUGCCCCUCAGCUCCCCCCACACGUGCACACGCUGCUGGUGUGAUCCUCAGGGUUCUUUCCCUUCUCCACCUGGAAAGGAGGGACCCUGGUGCCACCCCAGGAGUGGCCAGUGCCACUGUAAAUCUGGUGUAGGGGGCACAAGCUGCAGCCACUGCCUGCCUGGCUACUGGGGCUUUGGAGGGGAGGGAUGCAAACCUUGCACAUGCCCCCACCAAUGUGAUCCAUUCACUGGCCAGUGUCUCCACAGCUACACAAAUAAGCAAAUGUUAAAUGUGCCCAUUGGUGGGAAAAUACCUGAUUUGGAUCAUUUGUUGCCAACUGAAGAAGAAGCACACUUGUCUCAGGAGCUCACAGUCUCUGCUCUGCAUUACACAGGGAAGUGUAGCUGUAAAGAGAAAAAGCUGAGAAGUGUAUCUGAACUCUGCAAGACCAAACCUGAUUAUGUCAUCAAGGCCAAUGUGUUGUCUGCUCAUGACAAAGGCAGCCACGCAGAAGUUCAUGUCAAAGUUCGCAAGGUCCUUCGAUCAGGUCAGGUGGCGCUGCGCUUAGGAACCGCCAACAUCUAUCCUCUGUCCUGGACCAGCCGUGGCUGCACAUGCCCCAUAUUAAACCCAGGUAUGGAGUACCUGCUUGCAGGCAAAGAGGAGCCUGGAACGGGCCGUUUGCUCGUCACUAUGCAGAGCAUCGUGGUUCCAUGGACACCUCGUGUAGGUCUGAUUAUAUCAAACAGCCUGAGAAAUGGAUGCCGCUGAUCCAUAUGAUCUAAAUAUGAGGAGGAAUGCAAUCCAGAAGGAUUUUACUAGAUACUCAUGAGUGAGUGACCAAUUCAGAUAGUGGACUGAAAAUCCAAGGGUCAAACUUGUCCAGCUCGUUGAGGCUUCAUAACUGAAGAGAAGCAUCCAACAUGUGGGCAAGAGAGUGAAUGGAUGUUAAAGUGGUCUGACUUAAGGUGCUGUACUUGAUGUUAAAGACCUAAUUUGUAUAAAUAGUUGAUUUUAUUUUUGCUUGUUUUUUUCCCCCUUAUAGCCGGAUUCAUUUUGGAUCUGGAUACCUACUGCAAAAAUACUUUGAUUUGUUAAGCUAACAAAUCUUCCUGUAAUACUACAUCUCCUUUUAUGUAAUUAGCAGAAAACCAAGUGUGAAAUACUGCAAUUAACAUAUAAACAUCAAGCACUUCAUCAGCUACAUCUGCUCAUAUAGAAAAUAUUUCAUCAGCCAAUCACGUGGCUUGGACUCUGGAUCUGCUGCAGUUUAAGCAUAGCAGAGAGGAAGAAAGGUGAUUUUAGUGACUCUGAACAUGAGCCAGGUGGGCUUAUCUGACGUGAACCCAUGGCUCUAUAAUUCAGGGGUGUACUGUGUGUAGGAGGCUAAUUAUUGAUACCUUUUAGUUCCAUUUGAGCAAAAUUCAAAUGCCACAGCCUACUCGAGUAAUGUUGUUGACCACCUGCACCCCCUUAUCAUUUCAGUUUACUCAUCUUUUAAUAGCUACUUUAAGCAGGACAACAUGUCAUGUUACAAAGUUCAUAUCUCAGCCUGCUUUCAUGACAAUCAGCUGAAGUAAGUGGGACAGAGGCCUGCAGAGUCACCAGAGUGCAGCCAAAUGUGAAUGUUGCGCUCACCAACCUGCAACAGCUGCGUAAAACUAUGAUGUCAAUAAAAAACGCAAAACUCUGGGACACUGCCAGUACCUUGUUAAAUCUGAGCAUUGAAGAAUGAGUGCAGCCGACUGUCUAAUAAAUAUAAAUGUUUAUCCUACAAGAAGCUGGGACGCUGUCCUCUCUCUUUAGAAUGAAAGUAAAAUGGAGAUUGAAAAUGUCAGGCAAUCAUUUUAAUUGGAAAAACCACGAGUGGUGACCACAGCAUUCAACUGAAGACUCGUGAUUGCAUUAACACGACAAAAACAUUAAUGCAUUCACAGGUGAAUGUGACAGGCCAGAUAGAAAACUAACAGAAGAGAUGACCAAA